AUGAUUGACCAGGUGGUUGUAACUCAGACUGGCUUAGACCUUCCAACUGAAUCUAUUCAUGUACUUCAUGUGGGAAAGAUGAGGAUGAAACUCUGUAAAGGAAAGGCAACAAUUACCAAAGAAUACUAUUCCAGUUCAAUGCAGCUUUGUGGAGUUCGAGGAGGGGGGAAUGCUGCAGCGCAGGCAGUCUUUUGGCAACCGAAGCAAGGUCUUUCUUUUGUAUUAGCUUUUGAGUCAGAGAGAGAACGGAAUGCAGCCAUCAUGCUUGCAAGGAGGUUUGCAUUUGAUUGCAAUGUAUUGAUCACUG